AGAUUUACCAGGCUGCUGCUUUUUUUUUGGACAGAAACUAUGGAAAUUUAUCAAGUCUAACACUUGGACACAUACUCGCCAUGUCCGAGCAACACAGACGUCCAAUCAAAAGUUGUUUGACCCAUGGAUGACUAGCAACAAUUAACAACGAGUUGAGCAAAAAAGGGAAAGAAGAAAGAAAAGUUUCUUCAUAGAAAAAGAAAGGGAAAGAAGAAAGAAAAUUUCUUCAAAGAAAAAGAUAGGGAGAGAAAUUUCCUCUCAGAAUAAUGUCCAAGAAGACCCCACUUAAAAAGUGUGAACGUAAUCUGACUGACCCGAGGAAUACUCAAAACUUGACUUCAGCCCCCACCACCCACCACACCUCUGACUUAAAGACUUGUUAUGAUACCACAAAAGAAUUCCAUUUGUUAAACAAAUUACAUACAGCAAAGUACAAUCUAUAUGCAAGGGUCUCUUAAUUUGGGAACUGUAUGCAUAUUAUAGCUUCACAACUAUGAAGACAUUAUCUCAUAUGCCACUUGAAUAAGCAAAAGCAAUAUAGUGGUGUGCCUGAUUGGCAAUGUGAGCGCAGAACGAGACAAAUGACAGAGGCUGUUGUGAGCCUUGUAAUACAAAAUCUGGUUCCUUUGCUCGUUGAUGAAGCAACAUUCUUGAGUGGCAUCCACAGAGAAGUUGCUCAGAUUAAAGGGGAGCUGGAAAGCAUUCAGUCCUUCGUCAGGGAUGCAGAUGCUAAGGCAGAAAAAGACGCAAUUAACUAUGGUGCCAAGACAUGGGUGAACCAACUGCGAGAGGUAGCUUAUCAGAUAGAAGAUGUUAUGGAUAAUUAUGUUCUUUACAUGGCCACAGAAGCACAAUGUCAUGACUGUCCCAGAGUCUUCGGCACUCUAGGCAGGGCACUCUGCAGGAUUCUCAGGCUAAAACCUCAAUCCCAGAUGGCUUGUGAGAUUAAGCAUAUUAAAGAUAGAAUCCAUGCCAUCAAAGAAAGGGGCAAGAGUUUUGGCUUCAGGUCCUCAGAGCCAGAAGCAAAUAGAGAGAAUGAAUCAUGGCAUUACCCCCGUGUCACUUCAUUAUUCAUUGAAGAAGCUGAAGUUGUGGGGAUAGAGUCCCACAGAGAUAGGUUGAUUGGCUGGUUAGUCAAUGGAGCAUCUAAACGCACAGUGAUUUCGGUUUAUGGCAUGGGUGGGCUAGGCAAGACAACACUUGUCAGAAAAGUAUAUGAGAAUCAUCUUGUUACUAAUCACUUCAACUAUCAAGCUUGGAUCACUGUUUCACAAUCAUACAAGGUUGAGGAUUUGCUGAGGAAAACUUUGAAAGAAUUCUACAAGGCAAGGAAAGAAACCCCUCCAACAGAGAUUGAUCAAAUGGACGAGACAUUGCUAAUAAUCGAGCUACGAGAAUAUUUAAAGCAAAAGAGGUAUAUGGUUGUUUUUGAUGAUGUCUGGACAGUAGAAUUUUGGGCACUGAUUCGGCAUACUUUGCCGGAUGAUGGUCAAAGCAGCAGGGUAUUGAUCACAACACGUUCUGAAUAUGUGGCUUCUUCAUGCAAAGAAUCUUCAUUUGAUGAAAUGUACAAACUACAACCAUUACCUGAGGAAGCGGCCUUAGAACUAUUCUGCAAGAAGGUAUUCCACUCUGAUAUAGAGAGUGGCAGCCCAUCAGAGUUUAAGGAGUUGUCAGGCAACCUUGUGAAGAAGUGUGAAGGCUUGCCACUGGCAGUUGUUGCAAUUGCAGGAAUGUUAUCGACUAAAAGAAAAGCCAAGAGUGAAUUGCAGAAGCUCGAAUCCAGCCUUGGUUCUGAGCUGCUGACCAAUCCUCACCUCUCAAGUAUGAGCAGAAUUUUGUCCCUCAGCUACUAUGACUUGCCUUAUUACCUAAAGCUGUGUCUGAUGUACUUUGGGAUGUUGCCUGAGGACUACUCAAUCAGACAUGCACGGUUAAUCCGACUAUGGAUAGCAGAAGGUUUCAUAAAAGGGACAAGAGGAAGAACGAUGGAGCAAGUUGCAGAAGAAUACCUGGCAGAACUUAUAAAUAGAAGCUUAGUUCAAGUCUCACGUAUAGAUGUUGAUGGGAAGAUUAGAACAAUCAGAGUGCAUGAUUUGAUGCGUGAGAUCAUUCUCUCAAAAUCAGAGGAAUUAAGUUUUGGAAAUGUAUGGACAGGAAGUAGCUCAAGUUUUGAUGGUUUAACAAGAAGGUUAUCAAUCCACAGAUGCAACGACGACAGUUUUCUGAAGAGCAAUAGAAAAUUUGGAAUCCGCUCACUUUCAAUAUUUGAUGUGGACAACUUCCCAAGUUCUGUUUUGUGUGCACUAACUAAAGUUUUCAAGCUUUUGAAAGUGCUAGAUCUGGAUGGUGCACCUACCGAUUUUAUUCCUGAAGAAGUUGGAGAUCUGUUUCACUUAAGGUAUAUAAGUCUAAGGAACACAAAGACAAAAAAACUACCAAAGUCCAUAGGUAAGCUACAUAACCUACAGACAUUGGAUCUCAAAUGCUCAUUUGUUCAUGAGCUACCAGGUGAAAUAAACAGGCUACUUAAUCUGCAGUAUCUUAUUGGAUACAGCUAUGAAUAUGAAACUGAUUUUAGCAUAAGCAGUCAAAGAGGGUUGAAAUUGAAACAAGGGUUAGGCCGUCUACAGAAUCUGCAGAAGCUAUACCUUGUAGAGGCGAAUCAUGGGAUAACUUUAUUCAGGGAGUUGAGAAAAUUGAAGCAAUUGAGGAAGUUGGGGAUAACCAAGCUGGAAACACCAAAUGGGAAAAUGUUUUGUGAGUCCAUAGCUUUGAUGAGACACCUUGAAUCUCUAGAGGUUUGUUCACAAAGUGAAGAAGAGAUCCUUGACCUAAAAUUUCUUUCAUCCCCUCCCCAACAUCUUGAACGCCUAUACUUAAAAGGCCGCCUAGAGAGGAUACCUGAUUGGAUUCCCCAGCUCAAAAAUCUUGUUACAGUUAGUUUAAUGUGGUCUAGGAUGAUAAUUGACCCACUGUCUAUCCUUCAGAAUUUGCCAACUUUGUCAGAGCUUGUACUCCAGGAAGCAUUUCUUGGUGAAGAGCUAGUUUUUCAGGCCACAGGCUUUCAGAAGCUUAAAAUUCUAAAGCUCUACGACAUGAAUACUUUGAUGACACUGACAAUAGAGGUGGGUGCCUUGCCUCUUUUACGGUUGCUGAAGAUGGGCCCAAUCCCAAGGUUAGAUACCGUGCCAACAGGUAUCCACCAUCUAAAAAGCCUCACUGCCCUUCGCUUCUAUGAUGUGUCAAAAGAUUUUGCCCUCAAACUACUUCCAGGUGUGGGACAAGACUUUUGGGUAGUUGAACAUAUUCAAACUGUACUUUUCCAUUACCAGCUACAAGGGGAAUGUUACAGGACCAGCACCCUGAGUGAUUUAGUCUGAACAACUGACAAAGGUGGAUCAGGUUCUUUUCCUAUGGACUGUUGGAAGUUUAGGCGCAAUAUCAACCUGCAGAUGCUCUUCGAUGGGAUUUUUUUUUUAAAUUGUUCCUAAAUUCUUCAAUAAAUACUUUGCUUAAUUGAAAAUAUAUUUUGUGGGUCAUCUCUAAGGCUUUGUACUCUUUUUUAUUUUUUUUCCUCACAAAAUACCCCAUUUUUGUUCCUUUCAAGAUUUCUUGUUGAAUAAUCAUGCACAUAAACAGACUCUUGAUUCAGUUGAUUGUUGGUUUCUUUCAAGGGAACCUUAGAGCCUAGACCACAAGCAAAAGACUGUAGUCAUUGUACUUAUGCACUCGUUUUCUUAACAGGUAUUAUUUAAAACAGGUACAAGAGUCAUGGUUAAAAAAAAUCCCAAUAUAGUCAGCCAUUAUUCUAUAUAAAAAAAAUAUCAUCACCCUGGAUACUGAUGUUCUUUUGAUUAAGAAACCCAAAGACAAUAAUGCUGAUGGGGAUAGUGAUAGACAUUGAUAACGAUUUUAUGUCUUGUUGUCCAGGGAUAAAGAAGAUCAAUUCAAAAGGCGUAUAGAGUUAAAAUAUUCAAUUCAACAAGAAGACACACUACACAGUACACACCUUAGUCAAAGAUAUGAAAACUUUGAAAUGUCUUUAGAAUACAGGAGAUUACGCCCAGCUCAAUAGUCCAAAAGAAAAUUGUUUUGGUCCUCUCUACCUAAUUCAUUUCAAAUUACCCAGAUAAUUUGAAGUAAGUUACCAGGAACAUGGUACAAAAAUUGUGAUUCACUUCCCAAAUCAGCCAAACUAGUCCAAAGUCAUACCAAUAUUCAGUAUAAUGUUCUACAUACAAAUUUGCACUUUCCAGAUAGUAUUGCAUGGUUAACAUUAACAAAUUAGGAAACACUGGUGUAUUUAGAACAAUGUUUUCUCUUAUUUAAUAACAGGGAAAGUGAUCCACACCUACUAUGGAUAGAGGUAGAUGCCUUCCCAAUUUAUGUCAUUACAUGCCAUUAAUUUUUCAGCCUACGGAUUUUAUUUCCCUUGGAAAAAUCUAUCUAAAACUUCAAAAUAUUACUUGUAUUAAACAUAACCAUUGGAUUGGGCUAUUGUCAGCCCAGCCCAAAUUGGAACCUGGAACAUAUAGUUAUGUCAUAUGAGCAUUUUGCUGGUUCCAAAUCCUGAAGUCCUGAACUUCAUCCUUUAAAGCAUUGGGUUUUUUCUUCAGUAGAGUCAAUAGACACCCAAUGUUACCAUAACUACUGACUUAAAGCACAUGAAAUUGCAAAGUAAGCAGCUCAAUUAAGGAUUACUGGAUCUUAGUAAAGACAAUUGGGUGUACUGGAGUCUGGAGUAUACAUAAAAAUCCAAAGCUUCUCAGAAUAAGCAUUAAUUGGAAAAUAGGGAAUGAGUACCAAAGUCCUCUUUUGGAAGGGUAGCGCAUGUGUCAUGUCAUGAUCAAAACCUAAUUUAAAUCCUUAAUACUAACCCUAACACAAUUGCAAAUGUUUAUAUGAAAGUCUCAUAUUGCAUUUUACCAAUUAUAUCAAAACUCCUUUCUAGUUGGCUACAUUUCCAUGUUCUUCGACUAUCACUUAUCUCAAUACAAUCCAGAAUAUUCAAAACAGUCACCUGAAUAUCUCCAUACAGCAGAGCAUAUGACCUGGGUUCUGCUCACCAAGAUAUGGAGAGAUACAGUCUAGCGGUUUCUAUAGCCCUUCAGAAAUAUUUCAGAGCCCUCAAAGGAUAUUUUACUCAAGAUUGUCAAUUUUUAUUGAGGCAAGUAUCAGGCUUUCACCUUUCACUACUAAGCAUUAUAUGGAUAAGCAAGAGCUAUCCCAUCACAGCAAAAAAUUAGCUUCUAAAUUACCACGCUUUAACUCUAUUUAGAGUGAUCAGCAUCCGCUAAACAACUCUAAGCAUCCCCAACUUCAAUCAUCAUCUCUAUUCGAUCAUAACAAUAAAGCCUUCCUCUAUUAUCUCCCCAUGCUCAUCUAAUGUACCUCCAUGACCUCUCUAAAUUUGCCAACCACCUAUAUCAUAACCUCCUUAUUAAGCUCUUUGAACUAUGCACUUAUCAAAGGAUUCUAAACAAAUGUAGCAGCGGCAUGCACACAAAAUGCCAAAUCAGCUAAAAAGUACAAUAAUGAUUCCAGUCAAUCAGUCACUAAACUUCUUAGCACAUUCAUAAACAGGAUAUAAAUUGAAUUUAACUUCAAUAAUCAACCAAAAAACAUUAAAUUGAGUGGUGAUG